CUAUAUCUCUUCCUCUGUGUGCCUCUCUUCCCUUUCUCUCUCGUUUUGUCUUGGUGUCUCUUUUCCUGCAUCUCUCUCCCCCACAUUUCCCUCUUUUCCGUCUGCCACCUUCCUCUCUCUCUUUGCCCUCUUACUCCAAUUCCCACCCCACCCCUACCUCGGUUCCUCAACCCCCUACUUCACCCUCCCUCUUGCCUUUAGCCUUGACAUACUGACCCUCCCUUCAAACCCCCCUCCUGUCCUCUUACCCCCUCUUCAUCAUUCCCUCCUCCCUCAUUACUCCUUCUCCCUCCUCCUCCCUCCCUCUCUCUCCAGUGGAAGGAGCUGCUGAGAUUGGCUUGGAUUUGGGAAGCUCCGGGAGCCGCUGCCUGUCGCUCGGAGCCGUUCGGCCGCGCUCUCCGGAGGCUCUGGGCCGGGGAUCGGGUUUGUCUGGCAACAGAGUAGACACCAUCUCACCUGAAACUGGUUGGCAUUAGCACAAUGCCCAGGAACCGUGCAUUUUCAGAGCCAGAGUACUCAGCAGAAUGUUCGGUCAGCCUGCCCUCUGAUCCUGAGCAGGGUGUGGAACGGAGCCGAGAAGUGACAGUCAGGAAUUCGGGAUGUUGCCUCUGCCUCCCCCGUUUCAUGAGACUGACUUUUGUGCCCGAAUCCCUGGAGAACCUGUACCAGACAUACUUCCGCCGGCAACGACAUGAUACACUUCUGGUUCUGGUGGUCUUUGCUGCACUAUUUGACUGUUACGUCAUCAUCACAUGUACGGUGCUGUACUCCAGUGACAAGUUAGCCUCUCUCCUGGUGGCUGGAAUCGGACUGGCUGUUCAUCUCCUCCUCUUCGUCUUGUGUAGGUUUGGACUUGUCCCGGAUAAAAUUUCCCAGAAGGUCAUUCCAUAUAGUCUCUGGGUCCUCAUCGCCGCCCAGAUCUUCUCCUACCUGGGCCUGAACUUCUCCCACUCUCAUGAGGCCAGUGACACAGUGGGCUGGCAAGCUUUCUUCACCUUCUCCUUCUUCAUCACCCUUCCACUGCAGCUGACACCCAUUGUCCUCAUCACCGGCACCACAUGUGGGGUUCACACCCUUGUUCUGGGGGUCACCAUCGCCCAGCAACAACAGGAGCAGAUCAACAGUAUGGCCUUGGUGCAGCAGCUAUUAGCUAACGUCAGUAUCUACCUCUGUGCCAUCACUGUGGGGAUCAUGUCUUACUACAUGGCAGAUCGCAAACAUCGCAAAGCAUUUCUGGAGACACGACAAUCUCUGGAGGUUAAACUCAACCUGGAGGAACAGAGCCAACAGCAGGAACGUCUCCUUCUGUCUAUUCUACCAAAGCACAUUGCAGAUGAGAUGUUAAACGACAUGAAAAAGGACAAAGAGUCAAAGGAGCUACAGCAAUUCAACACCAUGUACAUGUACCGACAUGAGAGAGUCAGGUACAGAGCAGAGACCAGAGAGAGAAAGAGACAAAGAGAGAAAAAGAGACACAUCCUGUUUGCAGAUAUUGUUGGAUUCACUCAGUUGUCAUCCACCUGCAGUGCACAGGAGCUGGUCAAACUUCUCAAUGAACUCUUCGCUCGCUUUGAUAAACUGGCAGCGAAAUACCAUCAGCUACGGAUCAAGAUCCUGGGUGAUUGUUACUACUGUAUCUGUGGCUUACCAGACAAUCGUGAUGAUCAUGCUGCAUGCUCCAUUCAUAUGGGCUUGGCUAUGGUCGACGCCAUCUCGUACGUUCGUGAAAAGACAAAAACAGAGGUGAAUAUGCGGGUUGGCAUUCACAGUGGCACUGUCCUCGGUGGUGUCCUGGGGCAGAAGAACUGGCAAUAUGAUGUCUGGUCUACAGAUGUCACACUGGCAAACAAGAUGGAGGCUGGUGGCAUCCCUGGGAGAGUGCACAUUUCAGAAAGCACCUGUAAUUGCCUGAAUGGAGAGUUUGAGCUUGAACCAGGAGAAGGGGAGAAGAGAAAUGAGUAUUUGCGGGAGAAGGGGAUCACGACAUACCUGGUGGUGGUGGCAAAGUCUGCGGCUGUCAAGAAUGGGAUCAAUGGCGUGAAGUUGUCUCUCACAUCAUCCAAUGGAAACUCACCACUGUUGAUCAACACCACAGACUGUAAUGGCAGUCUCCAUACCAACUGCACCACCCCUGAUGACCCAGAGGAACUCGAUACACGGGUGGUUAACCCUUCAUUUCCAAACCCUCGGAGGCGCCUGCGAUUGCGUGAUAUAUCGGAGCAGGUGAUUGAUGCUCAACAGAACCAGCUGGAGCUGAAUCGUUUAUUGAAUGCAGCUUUGUUAGAGCGAGAGAAUGUGCAGGCGUUGAAAGGGAAAUCCACAAACCGUCUCUCGAUGCGAUUCAUUGACCCUGAGCUGGAGAGCCGCUUCUCACUGGAGAGGGAGAAACAGAGUGGAGCAGCUUUCAGCUGUUCCUGUGUCGUCCUCACCUUCACCUUCUUGGUGCAGCUUCUCAUUGACCCCGGAUUGCUAGUGAAUUACAUCACGUUCAUUGUGGGGGAGAUUCUACUCUUGAUCCUCACCUUAUGUUCCCUGGCUGCCAUCUUCUCCAGGGUCUUCCCCAAGAAACUGGUUUUCUUCUCAACGUGGAUUGACCGGACGCGAUGGGCCAGGAACAUCUGGGCAAUGGCUGCUAUUCUAAUCCUCACUGCCGUAGAUAUUGUAGACAUGUUGAGCUGUCUGCAUAGUUACCAAGCUUCGUCAAAAGGCAACCUGACCCAGGUCAGCAGGAGCUGUGUGAAACAACCAAAAUACUACAGCUACAUCUCUGUGUUGGCACUUAUUGCCACAACCAUGUUGGUGCAGGUCAGCCACAUGGUGAAGGUGUUCCUGAUGUUCAUGAUCACUGGGAGCUAUGGCUUGGUCAGUGUCCUAAACUGGCGAGAGGUCUAUGACGAGUAUGACCGAGAACGUUUUCAGGAAUUUCAAUCACUUGUGGUGCCAUCUCGGUUUUCCAUGGUAGCCAUGAUCUUCGUCAUGAUGAUAAGUCUUUACUAUUUCACUCGACAUGUGGAAAAGUUGGCACGGACACUGUUCCUGUGGAAGCUUGAUGUCCAUGAGCAGAAGGAACGAGUUUACGAGAUGCGGCGAUGGAAUGAAGCGCUUGUCACCAAUAUGUUACCGGAACAUGUUGCUCGGCAUUUCCUUGGUUCCAAGAAGAGAGAUGAGGAAUUGUAUAGUCAGUCGUAUGAUGAGAUUGGGGUCAUGUUUGCAUCAAUCCCCAAUUUCUCUGACUUCUACACUGAGGAGAGUAUUAACAAUGGAGGCAUCGAGUGUCUGCGAUUCCUCAAUGAAAUCAUCUCGGAUUUUGAUGGCUUAUUGGAUGAACCCCAGUUCCGAAACAUCACCAAAAUCAAGACCAUCGGUAGUACCUACAUGGCAGCAUCAGGCUUAAUACCAGACACUGUUCCCAGCAGUUACAAUAAUACUGUCAAAAAGGAUCAACAAGAAUCAGUGAAGGAACGCUGGCAGCACCUAGCAGAUCUGGCAGACUUUGCAUUGGCCAUGAAAGUCACUUUAAUGAACAUCAAUUAUCAAUCAUUUAACAACUUCAUGCUACGCAUCGGUAUGAAUAAAGGAGGGGUUCUUGCGGGAGUGAUUGGUGCAGGAAAACCACAUUAUGAUAUCUGGGGGAAUACGGUUAAUGUUGCCAGCAGAAUGGAGUCAACAGGACAGCUGGGGAAUAUCCAGGUCGUCGAGGAGACAUACCUGGUGCUGAAAGAUUACGGAUUCCGUUUUGCACGGCGUGGUCCUGUCUAUGUCAAGGGCAAAGGCGAGCUCAUCACCUAUUUCAUGAAAGGUCGAGAGAAGCAAGGCUCCUUCAUCAACAGCUCAUCUGUCACUCUGCCUCAUCAGGUGGUGGAGAAUGCAUGAGGACUCACACCACAUCACUCUGGCCCAGGGCUCCAUUCACUGUAACAGCAAGGCUCAGGAGAGGUGCGCAGUCAGGAGCAGGGUACUUGAGGAUACAAAGAAAACAAAGACCUCAAAGUACAGUCUCAGUAUGUGUGGCAAAAGUUUGAGAAUGGGCAGGUAACCAAGCAAUGACUCCAACUGUUUUCUGUCUCUGCUGCAGUUUUCUCGGACAAAAUAGGGCACGAGUCUGGAAUGAUCUCACACCUAGUGGUCUGAAUCUCAAACUUGAUUUUGAAUGCAGUUGAGGAGAAACUACAACCUGCACUGUAGCUCAGCCCAAACCCUUGAUGAGGGCCAGUGACCUGCAGCCUGCACCAACCGAAGGAGGACAAUCAUAGGCUGUGUUCAUUUGUUUAAUUCUGCUUUGUUCCGUCUCCUGCAUUGGCUGUUGAUUUUACAAUACAUUAGCCUCUGAAGGUGCGUUCUAUGAAAACAGUCUGAGUGAUUUUAAUAUCCUAAUGUAUAUGUUGUAUGGCCUGUAGUGAUUUAAGUGGUCUCACCUCUACCCCUCCUCGUCUGUGUGGCUUUCCUGCUUCCGUUUUACAUUGGCUUAUUUAUAUAUAUCGAUGUAAAGAUUUGAUAUACCUAUAAGCACAGGUCUGAAGGUUUAAAGUGUUCUACUUUGUGUCUUUAUACCUAAUGGUAGGAACAUUCCUCCUCACCAUACAGUCAUGGCAGGUAUUGAUGUGAAGCCGCUCACCAAUUGGAACAGCCUUUAUCUUCUCAAGACUAUCAAAUGUUUCCACUUCAAAAACCAGAUACAGCCCAAAUCACCAUACCUGUUCCAGCCCCAACAUCAUAUUUACCUGCACUUCCUGAUCAUAUUCAAGACCUGAAACUGCCAUAUUGCAGCCUAAGGCCCUACGUUUUAUAGACAUAUCAGUGCGU